AUUUAUACCGACGUUCAUUAAAAUUUAAUGUGGUUGCGAGUAAAACAAUCUUAACAGGAAUUGAAUAAAUUUCGUUUUAAUGAAAAUCAUGCUUAAAAUACCUCAAUGCAGUUUUUACAUGAAAUAUUCUUACACGUUCGGGGUAAUGUUUUUUUUAGAUGGCAUUACAAUUCUAUAAUCGAUAAACAUACUGAAAGAGUACUGUCAAUUUUAUUAAAUUAGGUAUUAUGUAUUAAAUUUUUAAUUUGUAUUUGUUCGUGUUUAUCGAAAUUUACAAAUACGAAAACAAUUAUUUAAUUUUUUGAUUACAGAAAUAUUUCGCCCUUUUGAAGUUUCAUUUUGAAAGAAAAUUCGUAAAAAAAAAGAAAAGAAAAGAAAAGAAAAAUUAAACACAUGAUGUUUUUAAUGAGGUUUACAAAUACGGUUGGACGUUGGCAAAACAAACACAGAGAACAAUGCAGUAUAUUUCCAUGGUCCAACAGGUGAUGAACGAUCCUAAUUUACUCUGAACAGAUGAAAAUUCAGCAUUCAGAAAAAAGAGAAGGCAAACAAAAAACAGGCGAUUGACGAUUGACAAAGGUUUGUUAAAGAGUUCCCAACGAAUGAAAACUGAACUGAUCUGCAGCCUAUUCAAAAUAAUCAUUACCUUUCAGUUUCACUCGGUUGAAUGAUGCUACGUCGAACUUCUGUAUAUUGAACUUCCAUUCAUCUAAAAUCUCUAUGUAUCGAAUUUUUUUCUAAGAACCUUGAAUUUUUAUUAAAAAAAAAAAUAUACUACACGCCUAAAAUAAAAUUCUUUAAAUCGAAAAAAAUAAAAUCACGAAUUCAAAGGAAAAUUCAAUCGUUAUAAACAACAUUCAUUUUCGUAAAAGGGCUCACCCGAUUUUCCGGAAAAUCUGAACGGGAGAAUUGCGCCGGAUCCAACUAAAUAAAAUACAGUACACAAUCAAAGUCUACAAAUGAUGGAUCAGAUUUUAAUAAACAAAAUAAAAACCCACAAAAAUAGUCCGAUGGCAAUACCGAUUCAGUAAUUAAAAAAUUAACGAAGUAAUUCCUUUUCAACUCUUUCAUAUUUUGAUGAUAAGUUAGGUAGUUCUGUCUUUUACUUUAGGCAUGUGGUAAUUUUGUUUACUAUUUAACCUUUUAGCGAAAUAAAGAAUUUAUACAACGAUGCUUUUUUUAUCCAAUUUUCGAUUAUUUUAGACAUUCAUAAUCUCUACUUCAUUCACCAACGUUCACCUGAAUAGAAAACUGUUAUAAGUUCUAGUAUGUAUAGUUAGAAAAGGAAUUUAGUGAGAGAAUUGGACUAUAUUUUUAACGGCUAGUCUAAGAAAAAAAUUUACUUGAUUGAUCAUGCUAAUUAAAAUUAUGAUUUUAUGACAACCAAUGUUUUGAGAGUAAUAAAGCACCCCUGUUUAUAAAGCCCCAAGACAAAGGUUUUUUUGAUCAUUUAUAAGGAAUAGAUCUUUAUCUAGAAGGCACUGGAAACACUAAAAUAGUAAACCUAAGAUGGUAAACGCAGAUUAGAUGAUAUUAUUGAAAUAUCUUAUGACAUCUUAUGCAUUUUUUUUUAAAUGCACGGGCAUAGAACUUCAAAUCCUUGUCACUUUGACUGUAAAACGUUUAUUCUUAUGCCCAGUUGUUACGAAAAAAUAAUAUUUUCUUAUUAUUACUUAUUAGCAAAAAAUAAUAUAAGGAUCUAAACAAAUAGAAAAAAUUGUGCAUUAAUUUCUACACGCCACUAAACAAAAAACUAUAGCUUUGAGUGAAUGUUAUGAAUUUGUAAUUUUGUAAUACUGGAGAUAUGUGCAUAAAUAACACCACACAAUAACAAAGAAAUCGAUGGUUUCGGUUUAAGGGAUAUUUUAUUCUGGGGUUUUAAUAUAAAUCCAAUAUAAAAAAGAAAUAUAAAAAAACUUCCUGUUUUGGACAAGAAAUAGUUUACUAAAUGGCUUUUAUACUUUUGUCCCUCAAGAAUCGUUAUCGGGCACUCUAUCCGUUGACAGGUAAUACAUUGCAAUAUCUCAACAAGUCAACUGAUUACACUGAGCAUGAUAAAUUAAAUGUCGUCGACUUUAUAAACUUGGAAGAAUAAGUUUGGCCGGCCAUGUGGAUUCGGAUAGAGGAGGAUGAUAUACCCGAAAGAGUCCUUGAGGACAGGAUUGACACCAUCAGGAGGACCCAGACUAAGAUGGAUGGACAGCGUGACGGCUGACUCCAGAACACUUCUAGGAACAGCUACCUGGAAGCGUGCUGGAUCGAGCUGGAUGGCGGGAGCUACUAGAGGAGGCCAAGACCCAACCCGGGUUGUAGCGCCAAUUAGAUUAAUAGACUAUAACUGA